GCAGAAAUUUCCAGUUAGGGCCCAACUACUGCCGAGUGUGGCACAAAACAUUUUUAAUACUGUUGAUUCAAGCAACAUUCAACAUGAUGUACUGUUGACAGUGGACAUUUCCUGUUUAUUCGACGAGAGACUCAGACGAGAUAACACUUCGUUAUUAAGGUGGCAGUGUUGGUGAAGGAUAAUGGCGGUGGUGGAGUACGAGGAGAUGGUGACGACGCCCGAGGAGGCGCACGUGCGGACACGCGUGUACGCCAAGCGCUGGGUGGUGCUGGCGGUGCACAUGCUGUUCUGCGCCUGCAGCUCGUUCCACUGGGUGCAGUACGCCGUGGUGGGCGACCAGGUGGCGCGCUACUACUGCGUGCCGGCCGCGCGGGUGCAGGACACGUCCCUCGCCUUCAUGGGCUGCGUGGCGGCGCUGGUGCUGCCCGCCUGCUUCCUCAUCGACGUCAUGGGCGUGGAGUGGGGCCAGCUGCUCGGCGGACUGCUCAUGAUGCUGGGCUCGUGGUUCAAAGUGACGGCUGUGGCGCCGGGCCGCUUCUCGCUGCUGCUGCUGGCGCAGGCGGCGGCGGGCGUGGCCGAGCUGUCCGUGGCGGGCGCCGCCCCGCGCCUCGCCGCCGCCUGGUUCGACGCCCGCCAGCUGCCCUUCGCGCGCGCCGCCGCCGCCCUGGGCAGCGAGCUGGGGAUGGCCCUGGGACUGCUGCUGCCGCCGACGAUAGUGCGCCCGCACGACGACCCCCAGGACAUCGGCGGCGACCUGAGGCGGCUGGGCAGCAGCACCGCCGUCGCCUCCACCGUCGUCAUGGUGCUCGUGGUGCUGCUGUUCAGGGACCGGCCGCGGCUGCCGCCCAGCAGCGAGCAGGCCUGCCUGCGGUCUCGCCGCGCUCCGGCCACCCCCAGGGGGUUCGCGUCCACGCUGCGCCGCCUGCUCACCAGCCGCGACUACCUGCUGCUGCUCGCGGCGCACGGCCUGGCGCGCGGCGCGCUCAGCGCCAUCCUCACCCAGCUCAACCCCGUCGUCACGCGCCACUUCCCCGACGGACAGGAGUUCACCGGGCGAGUUGGCCUCGUCAUCGUGGCGGUGGGUCUGCUGGGCUGCGCGCUGUUCGGCGCAGCGCUCAGGUGGACGCGCAAGCACAAACAGAUGACUAUAGCAGCAUACAUUUUGAUGGCUGCAGCAACUUGUAUAUUCGCCUUCGCGUUGAGGACAGAAGACCCCCUCUGUGUGUACUUUUCGGCAGGAGUGAUGGGCUUGUUCCUGGUGGGCUUCCCUCCGAUGGCCGUUGAGAUGAGCGCCGAGAUGACGCACCCCGAGUCGGAGAGCCUCGCCGGCAGCCUGAUGCACGUGCCCGGCCACGCGCUGGGCAUCCUGCUGACCGCGGGCUUCACCUGGCUGCUCCAGAGCUGGGGCGACCUCCCCGCCGCCCUCAUGCUGAGCGCCGCCAUGGCCUGCGGUGCGGCGCUCAGCACCUGCCUGCCGGGCGACAACCGCCGACUCCCAGCCAGCGGCAUCGUCGACGACCUGUCGUCCUGCCGCGGCGACCACGCCUUCGCGCAGGAGGCGGUCUAGCAGACCACACUGCGACCUCCAUGGUCCAGCGAUGACUGCUCAGUGGAGAGCCGAGUCUCAGUGACUGAGAUGAGGACUCCUAGAUCAGGUGCACAUGGCUGGUCGUGAAGAGCUCAUAGAGUUAACAGCACAGAAGAGAAGCAAAGCAAUACUAAUUGAACUAUACAUAGACAGUUAGUGGAGCAGGUGUUGGAACUAGCACUGCAAAAGACUGAGAAAGAAACUAUAACAUAAACAUUUUAUGAAAUAUGCAAGUAAAUCAAAAGUGCUACGAGUGUAAUAAAUGUAGGAAAUAUUAAAUUUUUCAACUAAGUCAAAGACAAUCGCGAUGGGCACACAUCUGCCAAGUUAAAGGCUUGGGCAAACGGGGCACAAAUGACAGCCGUCUAUACUUUUAUAUUGAACUAGCAUACCCCAGAGUGGAGUAAACAAGUUUGGGUGUUUUCCAUUAAUCGAUCCUUCAAUAUAUUUACAAAUAAUAUUUUCUGAAAGAAGGAAAUGUAAUCAAUAAGUGUUUUUUUAAUGUUUUUAAUUAUGAGGAUGUAAAUUGUUUGUUUUAUCUGGAGAAAAAUAAAUGUGAGCGAGUAUGUAAGUAUUCGCUAGUGAUUCGGUAA